UUGUUAGCAGGCGCCUCCCGCCCCCCGCAUUGCUGAUGCUGCUGCUGGCAGACAUGGACGUGGUGAAUCAGCUGGUGGCCGGGGGUCAGUUCCGGGUGGUCAAGGAGCCCCUUGGCUUCGUGAAGGUGCUGCAAUGGGUCUUUGCCAUCUUCGCCUUUGCCACAUGCGGCAGUUACACCGGGAAGCUCCGGCUGAGCGUAGAGUGUGCCAACAAGUCCGAGAGUGAUCUCAGCAUCGAGGUUGACUUCGAAUACCCCUUCAGGCUGCACCAAGUGUACUUUGAUGCACCCACCUGCCGAGGGGACACUGACAAAGUCUUCCUGGUGGGAGACUACUCCUCAUCAGCCGAAUUCUUUGUCACAGUGGCCGUGUUUGCCUUCCUCUACUCCAUGGGGGCUCUGGCCACCUACAUCUUCCUGCAGAACAAGUACCGAGAGAAUAACAAAGGACCCAUGAUGGACUUUCUGGCCACGGCAGUGUUCGCCUUCAUGUGGCUGGUUAGCUCAUCAGCAUGGGCCAAGGGGCUGUCAGAUGUGAAGAUGGCCACUGACCCAGAGAACAUUAUCAAGGGGAUGUCUGUCUGCCAUCAGACAGGGAAUACAUGCAAGGAGCUGAGGGACCCUGUGACCUCUGGCCUCAACACUUCAGUGGUAUUCGGCUUCCUGAAUCUGGUGCUCUGGGUCGGCAACCUGUGGUUCGUGUUCAAGGAGACAGGCUGGGCCGCCCCAUUCAUGCGCGCACCCCCUGGCGCCCCUGAGAAGCAGCCAGCGCCCGGGGACGCCUAUGGCGAGGCGGGCUACGGGCAGGGCCCCGGCGGGUACGGGCCCCAGGACUCCUACGGACCCCAGGGUGGCUACCAGCCCGACUACGGGCAGCCAGCCGGCGGCGGUGGCGGCGGCUACCCACAGGGAGACUACGGGCAGCAAGGCUAUGGCCCUCAGGGUGCGCCCACCUCCUUCUCCAAUCAGAUGUAGUCUGGUCAGUGCAGCCCGGGAGGACCCCAUGGGUGGGCAAGAGCUCAGAAGCCCUGCCCCCCUUCCCACCCCUACACCCCAGGUCUCCGCCCCUCAAGCCAGGAGACUCUAACUCUCUUUGCUGUUUAUAUAUAUAUAUAUUAUAUAUAAAUAUCUAUUUAUCUGUCUGAGCCCUGCCCCCACUCCACACCCCUCAUGCAUUAGGGGCCUGACCUUGAGUGGGCCCCUCUCCUACCCCCACUGCUUCCCUUGCAUCCCUUGGCCCCUCUCUGUUCUCUGGCCCUGUGCCCUGAGGUUGGGGGACUCUGAAAGGGGGACAGGGAAAAAACAGAUCUCAGCUAUGUGGGGAGGGUGGGUGUGACUUCAGAUUCUCUCCCCUCUCUCCCUUCCCUUCUCCCAACUUGGCCUGGAUUCCUCCAGCAAUGCCUGGACAGGGGCCAUUAGGGGAAAUUCAACCCUGAGAGGGGAUAAAGGUAGACUGGUGGACUUGAGAUGCAAGGUGGACUUGGAGAGGAGCUCUGGGGUGGAGAGGACUAGUCAGCCAUACUGGAUCUGGAGUCAGAAGAGGGAUGCCCUAGGGAAUUCUGGAGUGGGUCUUGGAAGGAGGCUGAGGGCAUGGUUCUAGAAUGGGUGGAGCCUUGAGUGAGGCAGGGGUUAGGCCCCAGGAGUGGGCAGGGUUUGGAGUAGGACAGGAUUUUGUGUAAGGGGUGUGACUUGGAACCUGGAGACUGCAUUUGGAAGAUCAUUGAGGGCAUGGUUCUAGAGGGGUGGGGCCUGAAUCAGGUAAUGGGGAAGGCUCCAAAGUGGGCAGGUCUUGUGUUGGGACCGGUCUAUGGAAGGGGUGUAACUAGGAACAUUCAGGAGAAUGAGUUUGAUUCUAAAGGGGAUAGAUCUUGUGCAAGGGAAGAAGUGGGAUUCAGGAAUGGGCUAAGCUUGAGGUGAGGUCAUGGUCUGGGUUCUAGGCAGGGCAGGGCUUAGAGUGGGUGUUCAUGGUGGUUUCAGAAGGGGCAGCCCACCCUAAUGGAGCAGUGAAAAAAUAUGUUUUAGAGUGGGCAAGUUUGGCAGUAGGUCGGGGGGGCGGGGGGCAGGAAUAUCCCUGGCCAAAGCUGGGGACUGAACUGGCCUGGGAGGAGCUAAGAGGUAUAGCUUGGAGGGUAAGGGGUGGGACCCAGAGAGAAGCAUCCUCCACACCCUUGCCCACCUCCAUGAUGGGACAGCUAGGUAAUCAGAGGACAGAGCCAACAGGUCUGUGGGGCCAGCCCACCCUUCUUCUCCUUUCCUUGCCUCCUCCCUCCUUCCAUACCCCCACCCAUCCUGGGGUGGUUGGAGACCCGGUCUGGAGUCCCUAUCCUGCACCCACUGCUGUGUCUGUGAUGUCGGUAGUGCCUGUGAUUGUGUGUUGCCACUUUGUCUGGCUGUGGUCCCUCCCCCUCUCCUCCAGACACCCACCCUUUUCCUUGCCCUUCAGUAUUGUUUGAAGACCUCCCCAAGGAAGAACAAAUAGGAUUAAUUCUCCUCCCCUAAAUAAACUCCUCAACCACCUA